AUGUCCAACGCGGAGUCGGAGUGCGCCGGGAGCGUUCCGUUUGUCUGUGCUGCCGCCUCGAUCAUUCUCAACCACCAUACCAAGCCGCCACGGCCAUAUCGACCCUCCGAAGCCCGGCUCUACGUCACCUUUGUUGAAAAGGAUGGCCAGGAACACAAAUUUGCAGUCUCAGAAGGUGAUAAUCUGCUAGAUAUCGCUCAAGCCAACGAUCUCGAAAUGGAGGGUGCAUGCGGCGGCUCAUGCGCCUGCUCAACGUGCCACGUUAUCGUUGCCGACGAGGAGUUUUACGAUAAGAUUCCCGAGCCAGAGGACGACGAAAACGACAUGCUGGAUCUGGCAUUCGGCCUCACAGAGACGAGCCGACUGGGCUGUCAGGUCAAGAUGACAAAAGAACUGGACGGCCUAGUCGUCAAGCUGCCCUCAAUGACGCGGAACCUCCAGGCCAGCGAUUUUCAAUGA